CACAGACUGGGCACGUUUGAGGUUUAGAGACACAGGAAAAAACAUCUCGCAAGUUUCUUUGGUAGAGGAGAACUGUUUGUGGCUGUCAGGAAAGAUCUUGACUGAUAGUCUAUUUCUAAACCGCGGUUCACUUCCUCUUCGUGCAUUCUGCCCAUUUGACUUCACUACAGCGCAUGGAGAUCAUGAGAUGUUCAUAGUUUUUCUUGUCAAGAGUGAUGCGGUUGUCAGUCAAACGGGUAGUUGUACUCCUGCUAACCGUGUUCGGAGCGUGGACUCUUACUAGGACUCUAUAUCGAGUGCUGGAAUGCCAAGGAGAGCCUCCCAGAACUCAUAUGGUGUCUAUACGGUCUCGGAACUGGAACCAGACACAGUAUCGGUAUAAUCACAACACCCCAAUAGUGUUUGUGGGGGGUGUUCCACGAUCAGGGACCACUCUGAUGCGUGUCAUGCUCGACGCCCACCCUGACAUCCGCUGCGGGGAGGAGACGCGGGUGAUCCCUAGGAUGCUGGCCCUGCGGCAGGCAUGGGGAAGGCAGGACUCGGGCGAGCGCUGGGCUCUGGAGGACGAGGGAGUCAGUCAAGAGAUGCUGGACGCUGCAACCACUGCCUUCCUCCUGGAGGUCAUCGCACGUCAUGGAGAACCUGCACGAGUGCUGUGCAAUAAAGACCCCUUUACACUGAAGAGCGCAGUUUAUCUGUCACGCAUUUUCCCCAACUCGAAAUUCCUGCUAAUGCUCAGAGAUGGUCGAGCGUCAGUUCACUCUAUGAUCUCCAGACGAGUGACUAUCUCUGGCUUCAACCUGUCCAGCUACAGGGACUGUCUGACUAAAUGGAGCAAUGCAGUUGAAGUGAUGCUCUCCCAGUGUAUGGCUGUAUCCCAAAGGCGGUGUAUGGUGGUCCGCUAUGAGGAUCUGGUGCUGCAGCCACGAGCCACCAUGCAGCGUGUGCUCCAUUUUCUCAAAUCCCCAUGGCAUGAAGGGGUGCUUCACCAUGAGGAGGCCAUUGGACGGCCAGGAGGGGUAUCACUGUCUCGAACCGAACGCUCCACGGAUCAGGUGAUCAAACCAGUUAACCUGGAAGCUCUCACACGAUGGGUCGGCCACAUCCCAGCAGACGUCCGGGUGGACAUGGAGAAGAUCGCUCCAAUGCUCCGUAAACUGGGCUACAACCCCAACGCCAAUCCCCCAGACUAUGGUCCACCAGAUCCAGAAGUGAUCAACAAUACUCAAAGGGUAUUGAGAGGAGAUUUUAAAACUCCUACAAACCUGAAAAGAUGGACACAAGUAUCUCCAAAAAUAAAUUCUAAAGGAGGAAGAAACUGAACAGAGUUCUGCAUUGAUUGUAAUACAUUCUUGUGUUCAACUUUGGAUAACUUGACAAUUUUUGUGCCAUACACCUUGGAGGCCUUUCACAUGAUAGAGAGCAACCUGAUGAGGAAUAUCAUUAUUAUGCAAUAACUGUGGUUAUAUUCCUGUGUCACCUAUUAUUUUGAAAUCACCAGAAUCAUUAAGAGAAUCAAGUGACUAAAUCUUAAUAUGUACCACAUGUUGUAAAAAGAACAAACUGGACAGGUAUUUACUUCCUGAUGAAGAGUAUUAAGCGAUGGAAGCUAACGUCACUGACGUGAACUUCAUAAACACUGCAAUUUUGUGUUAUUGGGAAAUGAGAAAACCGUGACGUUGUGCUUGGUGACGCACUGAAUGCUGUUGCUAUGUGCCAGCGUUCAUUCUCUUGACCUAGAUAUUGUUAAACGGAGCCAUUCUUUUUUCUAUUGCCACAAUUAACUCGUUUACAUCAGUGUUUCUAAAAGUGCAUUAUUUCAAUAAAAUUGGUUCAUAGAAAUCGCGCAAUGAA